CCAAAACUCAGAAGCACCAGAAGAAGAAACAAGGUCGACCAAGUUUUUUAAAGGAAAACUAGGGAGCAGGGUGACAAAAGAUGGCAACGAUGGGAAGAAAUGAGAGGAGACGAUGAAUCAUGGAGAGAGGAUCCGAUCGGUUGGCUCUGAUCACGGGAGAGCUCAAGAAUUUCGAACAAACGUCCUCAAUGCCAUCGGCUGGCGCAUCAUUAUCCUUCAACGAACAUUCAAGAGGGUCAGAUUUCCUAUCUAACAACCCUGUCUCUGAAACACAGCAGAAGGAAGCAAUCAUCGCCCAACAGAUUCCAAAGGCAGAGAACCUAGAUUCAUCACAUCUCUCCAGAUUCGUGACAAAUCCAAAUGUUAGUAACUUAUCCUCCAAGCCGCAGACUGCAACAACAACGAUAGGGCCAUCGAGUAAAAUACCGUCAAAGCGAAAGCAGACAACUUUUUUCUCUUCCAGGCGCCUGAACGCCUGCAUCAUAGCUUCCGAGGUCCCUCGAGCAAAAUGUUCCUUUGUUAUAUCCAUUCUGGUGCUGUUUUUUCACUUUGCACGCUCAUUGAUCGGAAUCGAAGACGACGCCCAGGGUUAUAGGCCAAUAUAUUUGAUGGCCUUGACCAGUGUAAUGAUUGUGAUGCUUCGGAUGAUCCAUGGGAAGGGAACGGUUAUAGAAGAUGCGCAAGAAGAGAAAUCCGGAGAUAACGCUGAGGAUAAGAGCUGGAGAGAUGCGUUCAUGGUGCUGGAGAGAGGUCUUACUGCCUACCAAGCAAUUGAAGGCUUGUUCAUUAACUGUAGUAUUUACUUGAUUGUUGUCAUCUCUGGCCUCUCUUUGGCAUGAUUGGGCUCACUAGCUACAAGAGAAAGAAAGCUUUUUCUUUUGUCAACAUAAUUUUGUACAACCUUAAGGGGUUACUGAUAUCCAUUUAGUAAGAGAUGCUGAAUAACCCGUUAAAUAACAAAACAUGAACAAGUACAAUACAUGCAAAGA